AAGCCGCACCUUUUUAGGGGUGUGACCAUUGACUAUGCUGAUCUUGAAUCCUCAUCAUGGAUUUUGAUAUGCCUUCCUUGGAGGAACCUACUGGGCCUAAAUUUGUUGGAAUACAGUUCUGUCAAGAAUGUAAUAACAUGUUGUAUCCUAAGGAAGAUAAAGAGAGGAAAGUGUUACUACAUGCAUGCCGUAACUGUGAGUACUCACAGCCAGCAGGAGAUAGUUGUAUAUAUGUCAAUAAAAUAACUCAUGAAGUAGAUGAACUUACACAAAUAAUAGCAGAUGUAUCUCAAGACCCUACACUACCAAGAACAAAGGAUCAUCCAUGUCCCAAAUGUGAUCAUCGUGAUGCUGUUUUCUUUCAAUCACAGUCAAAAAAGGCUGAAGAAGAAAUGAAAUUAUAUUAUGUAUGUUGUUCAGAAGGUUGUGGUCACAGAUGGACUGAAUAAAGAUUAUAUAAAAAACUACAGCACAAACAGUACACAAUAAGAACUAGAAUUAUUUUGAGAUAAUAAUCAUUAUAGUUAA